CGUGUUGUUGUGGGCGGGGCCAGAGCAGCAGCAGGGAGAGGAGAGGAUGCUAACCUCGCAGCAUGUGAUGACUGAGUCCUGAAGACCGUGGGGGGUCUGGUGGCACUUGCAGCAGGCGCCCAGCUUAGAUGAAGGAUGAAGAGCCCGGUGCACAGAUGCAGGGACGUGGAGCAUGGACGUGGACAGAGCGGGACCGGGACGGUGUCCACCUUCCUGCAGGCUGAGCAACGCAUCCCCAUCUCCAAAGAUGUCAUCACUUCCUCCUCCGCCUCGGCAAUGUGGUUCAUCAGGGACACCUGCGGCAUCGUGUGCGCCGUCAUCACGUGGAUGCUGGUGUUGUACGCCGAGUUCGUGGUGCUGUUCGUAAUGUUGCUCCCCUCCAAGAAUCUGACGUACAGCAUCGUGAACGGGACGUUGUUCAACACGCUGGCCUUUCUCGCCCUCGCCUCACACCUCAGGGCCAUGUGUACUGACCCUGGUGCCGUGCCAAAGGGGAAUGCCACUAAAGAAUACAUAGAAAGCCUUCAACUGAAACCAGGACAGGUGGUCUACAAAUGUCCAAAGUGCUGCAGCAUCAAGCCUGACCGAGCGCACCACUGCAGUGUCUGCAAAAGGUGCAUACGGAAGAUGGACCACCACUGUCCGUGGGUCAACAACUGCGUCGGGGAGAACAACCAAAAGUACUUUGUGCUUUUCACGAUGUACAUCGCACUCGUCUCUCUUCAUGCUCUGCUCAUGGUGGUCUUCCAUUUCCUCUACUGCUUUGAAGAUGAUUGGACCAGGCAUCGAGCGGCUGAAGGGGGAGACGGGGAAGUGGGGGAAGGUUCCCUGCUGGGAGGCCAUGAGGACGGCGUUCGGCGGGCCCCUCUCCCUGUCCUGGUGCAGCCCCUUCUCAGGCCUGAGCUGCCGGCGCGGCCCCCCGGACCACGUCCCCGUCCCGCAGGGGGACAUCGUGGAGGAGGACGUCAUCACCAUCCCGCUGGACUGACCGGUCCGGGUCCGGACCCGGGUCUCCUUCUGGAUCUCCGUCAGGUCACGAUCACUGACCAGAAACCACCGAAGAACUCGUGGUAUCUUUCCUCCGUCUGCAGGAUCUGCAGAUAUUAACCAAACUUUAGUGUCUUUGUUUUCUACGGAAGAGUAUUAGGGCCAGGCAGGAGAAAAAUAAAAAUAAUAUUGGAGAGGAGGAAGAUUUUUUUUUUUUAUUAUGCACUUCAAGAAAAAAGUCAAAAUGUCGAGAUUAAUGUUGAAGUACAAUUUUGAGAAAAAAGUCAAAAUGUAUUUCAACUUUAUUCUCCAAAUUAUAUUUAUUCACGAAAUUUUGACUUUAUUCACGAAAUUUCAACAUUCACAAAAUUGUAUUUCAACAUUAUUCUCGACAUUUCUAUUUUUUUCUCGAAAUUUCGACUUUACUCACGAAAUUUUGACUUUAUUCACGAAAUUUCGACUUUUUUCUCGAAAUUGUAUUUCAACAUUAAUCUCGACAUUUCGACUUUUUUCUCGACAUUUCGACUUUUUUCUCGAAGUGCACAAUAAAAGCAAAUCUUCCCCUCUCAAAUAUUCUUUCUCCUGCAUGGCCCUAAUACUCUUCUGUAGUUUUCAUGAACAUCCAAUGAGGGAAUGUAAAUGUGCGUGGAGAGCAGUGACCCCUGAACCCCGGUUCAUGGGGGUAGACACCACAGCGGAGAUCCCAUCCACCUGAAGGGUUGGUUCAGCAGCCGUCCAGGUUACUGUCUUCCAGACGGCAACAACACGUGUGUCGGCCUCUGUACCCGGCAGCUGUUCAGUCUCCUGCUGAAGAGGAGUCCCAACCAGAACAAUGCAGACGACAUGGCGGCUCUAGUGGCGCUUUUCCACUAAUACCUACUCACCCUGACUCGCUUCCACUCGGUUUGGUUCUUUUCCAAAAGAUUGGUCGGGGGGUUGGAGUCAGACGUCUGAGUCAGGAGGAGGAAAUCAGAGAAAGAGACUCUGACGGAUUCUUGUUCAUUUUAUUCCACAGGCAAAGGCAGCAAAAGUCUGUUUCAUGAUCCAACUCGGCUCCAGCUGACUUUUCAGCAGCGCAGAGACAAACAAACAAAGAAAAUUAAAAAGCGUUGCCACUUGAAGUUUCUCUCACUCUCAUUUUUUAACUUGAUAUCAAACACAAGCCACAGACCCAGCAGCACAUCUAUCAUCUCCUCCAGGUUCUACAUCUUUAGUGUUAUUGUCUUCUUCGUUUGGAUACACAAUCAAAUACGUCACAGCAGCUUCAUUCCAACCUCCUACUUCUGCUCCAGGUGCUUAAUUGUAGUGGAAAAGAAACCAGGCAGAGUUGAGUAGAGCCGAGUAGGUGCUGGUGGAAAAGUGCCACUAUUGGCGCUUUUCCACCAGUACCUACUCAGCCCGACUCGACUUGCCUUGCCCUCGUUUUCAAUACGCAGAUCAGAAGUAGGAUGUUGGAGCGAAGCUGCUGUGACGUAUUUGAUUGUGUGACACAAACGAAGAAGUAAAGGCGCUAAAGACAUAGAACAUGGAUGAGUUGAUAUAUCUGCAGCGUUUUCUGUGGCAUUUAUUUGAUAUAAAUUUAAAACAAUGCCAUUGGUCUUCGAAAAGAAUGAACAAGAAGCCGUCAGAGUAGGGCUGGACGAUAUGGCAAAAAAAGUGAUCACGAUUUUUUUUUCCCAUAUUGAACGAUCUCGAUUUUUAAUCACGAUUUUUUUUAAAUCAGAAGAUCCCCCCUCCCUUCUGGAAUAAAAUAGAAAGAAACCAGAGAUUAGUUUUUUUUUCUAUUAACAAAUAAAGCAAAUAGCAUGUUUUAACAAGAGCCAUAUAGAAAAUGGCACAACAAACAGGUAGUUUUAAGCAGUUUAAAAAGGUUUCAAGUAGUUUUAGCAGACAAAAAAAAAUGUCAUGAUCAUUUAAAAUGUAAACCAACCAAAAAAUGCGGUUGUUCACAGUUUUUCAUUUAUUUUGCCUUUUUUUUUUUCACAAUUGCAUAGAUAAAAUUACAAUGACAUUAUUAACAACAAAAACAGUAAACUCAUGAGUUGAGCCACUGUCAAGCAGCUAGCGAUGCUGUUGCUUAAAUUGACCAAAAGGUGGCUCUUUAACAUCACAGUUUGUGCACUGUGCGUGACUCUGACGCUGGUUAGUAAUUAAGAAGUUAAAACUCACUUAGCCAGCAGAAACGGCAGUAGGAGCAUUUAUUACAUUUAUUAACUGUACACCGCUAUUAUGAGAGGUUAUUUCUCACAGUAUUAGCCUAAAGGGACUUAAGGCUGAUUUAUGGUCCCGCGUUACACCAACGCAGAGCCUACGGCGUAGGGUACGCGGCGACGCACACCGUACGGCGCGCGUCGCAACGCGGUUGGGCUUUCUUUUUAAUACGAACUGAUUAAACUGAUUACAUUCUGUAGUGGAUAGCCUGAGUAAUAAGGACGUACCGUUUUUAUGGUGACAAAAGAAUCAUCUGCUGAGCUCUGCUUGUUGCCUCCGACACAUUCACUCCGCUGAGCGCGCACACACACACGCACACACACACACGCACACACACACCCAUGUCGGGGCCGCGGAGUUUCUCCCGGUGAUCAGUAAUUUGUGUACAAGCAGAGCGAAUCACAACUUUAAUGAGUGCGGUUCAGUUUGACAUUAUUGUCAGUCUAUGAGAAAAACAUUUCAUUUUAUUAAAAUCGAAAAAAUAAUAUUUAUAGGCUAAAAAAAUAAGCGUCAUUAAAGUAGCCGGCUGGAACUAAUCGAGUAGUCGGCUAUAUGGCCGGCAGCCGGCGCUUGUGGAAAGCCCUGCUUUAAGGAACGGACCAGAAUUAUGCAUGGAAUGGUGAAUAAACGUAAAACACAGAGCUACGUACGUCUCCCGUCUGGAUCCUUACCGACUGCCGCGGCAUGUCAUGCGCAUGAUCAAUUAAUGCAGACAGCGCGGUGCCAGGAAAGCGGGUUGCGAUUGGUUGUCGUGCACUUUGCUGCAGCAUGUUUUGCACGUGAUCGAGAAAGUAGACCCACAGCUGAUCACCGUGAUCGAACUUGAUUUGAUCGCAAUCACAAAUCGAGAUCGUAUAAUCGCCCAGCCCUACGUCAGAGUCUCUUUCUCUGAUUUCCUCCUCCUGACUCAGACGUCUGACUCCAACCCCCCGACCAAUCGGUGGCCUGUAGUGUGAUGAUGUCAGAUACAGCCGACUCAGCAGCUUAGAACCUCGGCAGAAUAGAUACAGAAAAGUAUCUACUCGGCACGUUAGACCCCUAGUGGGAAAGAACCAAACCGAAUAGAGGAGAGUCGGGCUGAGUAGAUACUAGUGGAAAAGCACCAUAUAUGUGUUCCGACUGCUUUCUCCAGGACGACACCAACACCUGGCUCUUCAACUCACCCAGUGCCUUAUCCUCCUCGUUAGUGUAGUUUGUGAUGUCUCAUUCCCCCGACCGUAUUCAAGUAGUCACUUUUAUGACAUCGUACCAAGGGACCGUGUACGUGUGCAGGACCUGGUGGUGAUUAACUCUGAACCGUUGGAGCUGCUGGGAGCAGCAGGACCAACCGUUUAACAAACCGCCUCCUUGUUUGGCUUCUGUUCUUCUUUGUAUUUUUACGUUUAUAUAUAUAUUUUUUCCCAUCUGUACUUUUUUUUAACUACUGUUCUUAACUAAGGAAAU